UUUGUAUUAUUUAAUUAACAUGAAUCCAAAUUUCAUAAACAAACAAGACUUAAAAGUUAAAAGUAGUGGUCCUUUCAGUUCAUCAGUAUGAGGGUCUUCUUCUUCUUUAAUUUGGUCUGUGUGGUGAACUCCAUGAUUGAUCUCAUCAUUCCUUGUAUUUCCUUCUUCAUCAUCAUCAUCUACCACACAUGCACAAUCCAAUCUCCAUCUCCAUCUCUUCUUAAUCCUUUUAUAAACUCAUAUCAUAUUGGUUAAUUUUCUGUAAAAUCUCAGAUGGAAGACAUAUUGGGAAUUGCAAAAGAUGCCACCCAGUUAAUAGGAAAUACUCCAAUGGUGUAUCUAAACAAUAUAGUAGAAGGGUGUGUUGCAAAUAUAGCAGUCAAGUUAGAGAUGAUGGAGCCAUGUUCAAGUAUUAAAGAUAGGCUUGGAUAUGCAAUGAUCAAAGAUGCAGAAGAUAAGGGUCUUAUUACACCAGGAAAGUCGGUUCUGAUUGAGAUUAGCGGCGGAAACACUGGAAUUGGUCUAGCAUUUGCUGCAGCUGUUAAGGGCUACAAACUCAUAGUUGUAAUGCCUGAUAAUUUCAGCAUUGAGAGAAAGAUAAUUGUUAGAGCAUUUGGAGCUGAUUUGUAUCUGACUGAUUAUAGUAAAGGAAUGGAAGGAUACUUUAAGAAAGUUCAUGAGAUUAUUGAAAGAACACCUAAUGCUUAUUUCUUAAACCAGUUUGAAAAUCCUAUGAAUCCAAGGAUUCAUUAUGAAACAACAGGGCCUGAGAUUUGGAAUGGUUCUAAUCAGAAAGUUGAUAUUUUGGUGGCUGGAAUUGGAACAGGGGGUACUGUUACUGGUACAGGAAGGUUCUUAAAAGAAAUGAAUCCAAAUAUAAAAGUUUAUGGGGUUGAACCAGAAGAAAGUGCGGUUUUUAAUGGAGGAAAACCAGGUCCACAUAAGAUACAAGGACUUGGUGGUAUUAUUCCACCUGUUUUGGAUCAAACUAUUCUUGAUGAAGUUAUUCCAAUAUCGGGUGAAGAAGCCAUUGAAACCGCGAAACUUCUUCCACUAAAGGAAGGUUUAUUGGUGAGUGAUGACUUCUCUGUUUUCGAUUCUUCGAUGUUUUUGUAAUGCUUAAACGAACACAAACAGGUAGGGAUCUCAUCGGGGGCGGCUGCUGCUGCUGCAAUAAAGAUUGCGAAACGACCUGAAAAUGCUGGCAAACUUAUUGUUGUUGUGUUUCCUAGCUGCGGAGAGCGUUACCUGUCAACCGAGUUAUUUGAUUCGUAUCGAUAUGAGAAGAAAGGAAUGGAUUUCGACUUCGAGUGAUGAGGCAACACAACACAAAUCUCCAUUGCUUU